AUGGCCGACCUCAAAGAUGUUGAGGCGCCCCAAAAUACGCACAGCGAAGAUAAGGAUGCCGCUGCCUUCGAGAUGGACGAUGUGAAAGACCCAAAGCUUCAAAAUAAGAGAAACGAAACCGUCAUGGAUGCAGAGCUGCUGCAGCUUGAAGAGCAAGUGCACAGUCUUCCCAGAUCUCGCUUCGAGAUGACCCUAUCCAACCCUGUAAUCUUUACCUACAUCCUCGUGGCUUUCGCAUCGAUGGGAGGUAUGCUGUCUGGACUUGACCAGUCACUUAUCAGUGGUGCAAGCCUUUACCUUCCCAUUGACCUAGGCCUGUCCUCAGCGGACAACAGCCUAGUCAACGCCGGAAUGCCGCUCGGAGCCGUUUUCGGUGCUCUUCUUUCUCCAGCGAACGAGUACCUCGGUCGUCGUAUGGCCAUCAUCGUAUCCUGUAUUCUGUAUACAAUCGGCGCCGCCCUGGCGGCAGGCGCCAUAAACUUCGGAAUGGUUUUCGCUGGCCGAUUCAUUCUUGGAGCUGGUGUCGGUUUAGAGGGUGGUACCGUCCCAGUGUAUAUCGCAGAGUGUGGCGAAGUCCUCGGCUACGCUAUCGCUGCCAUGUUCCUCAGCGUCGAAGGAAACUGGCGUUACAUCCUAGGCUCUUCAUUGGUAUUUUCGACAAUCCUUUUCGUGGGCAUGCUCUUCCUGCCAGAGAGUCAUCGCUUCCUCAUGCACAAGGGACGCGUGAUUGAAGCUUACGCAGUAUGGAAGAUGAUUUGCGGGUUCAACGACUUCGAAGCCAAAGAUGAGUUCCUCGUCAUGCUCCAAGCUGUCACAGCCGAGAGCCAAUAG